UCUAAGUGUUUGGUAGUACUAGUAUCCACAUGGAUCAAAAGUUUUAUAUUCUUAUUUUUCCCUCCAGCUUGAGCUAAGUCCCAUCACAUUCACAUAUAAAGUUUGUCACUCCCACUUCCCUUCCUGCGAUCACUGUGUUCCUUUUCUUACCCCUCAUCUUUGAUCAUUAGUCAUGUUUCUCCUCUUUUAAUACGCAUUUGUUUCUUCAAUAGCUAAAACAGUCAAUGAGACUCUUCUCAAACCAUGUUUCUCCUUUUAUGACAAUAGGUGGUUGGUAUCUUCUGUCUUUAGUUGAUUAUAGUUUCGUCAGUGUUUAGUGGUUCAUCACAUGACAAGUUCCAAUCGCACUGGAUCUAUUUUCUAAUAUUAUCCUGGAUAAAAUUCAUGGGGUUCUGUGCAGUUUGGUUUCCCCAAUAAAAUUUGACCUUAAGCUUUAAAGCCUUUGUUUUUUUCCUCCUCUCCUCCUUAACAUAAGGUAUUAUAAUUUGGACUUUGUGUCAUUCAAGUAAUUGGUUGAGACUUGAGCAAGGGGGUUUGGAGUUGUGAGAGAAGAGAGGUGCUUUAGUUUUAGAUAAUAGUAAAAAGUUGGAAUGGGGAAACUUAGUAGGAUGUUGGACAAGUUCUGUCUUUCUUCUUGUUCAAACACUUGUUUCUGUGUAAAUUCCAUGGAAUUUGAAUAUGAGUUUGAGAAUAAGCCUUUGAUUGCAAGUGGUGGCGAUCAUAAACUAAAACUUAAGGAUGUAGUUGCCGGAAAGCAGACAUUGGCUUUUCAAUUGAAACCCAAGAUAGUGAUAUUGAGGGUGUCCAUGCAUUGCCAAGGCUGUGCCAGAAAAGUUGAGAAACGUAUCUCAAAGUUGGAAGGAGUGAGCUCAUACAAGGUAGAUCUGGAAACCAAAAUGGUAGUUGUUAGUGGGGACAUUCUUCCUUUGGAAGUGUUGGAAAGUGUAUCCAAGGUUAAAAAUGCAGAGCUUUGGAAUUCUCCAUGCUAAUAAUACUAAGCAAAAGUCAUUUUUGUUGUUGUUACUUAUUAAUUUAUUAUACAUAUAUAAUAUAUAGUAAUGUUAAUACCCCGUGUCUCGAUCUCCCUAUGAAACUGCACAUCUUUAGUACACUUGGUUAAGGUUUUUUGACAUUAAUGGCUAAAAGUUUCUCUAUUGUCAAGUUGCACCCAAAAAGUUAU